UAGGUGCUAAAUGUGACAACUUUAUGACCCUCAGUGUUUAAAUGCAGCAGUUCUUGGCAACAGACUGGAGCUGUAGGUCUUCACGAUUAGAAACAGCCAGAACAGACCAAUAAUGGAGGUCACUUUCAACCAAACGAACUUCACCUUCUUUAACUCCUCUGUGGAUUAUCCAGAGAUUCCUGAAGUUGUGGAUAAGGCCAUCAACGUGAUCAUUUUAGUCAUUGUUUUUCUCACCAUGGUUUCCCUGGGCUGCACUAUGGACGUCUGGAAGAUAAAGGAUCACAUCUGGAAGCCCAAAGGAGUUGCCAUCGCUGUGGUGGCUCAGUACGGCAUUAUGCCCCUCUCAGCCUUCUCUUUAGCUAAACUGCUCCAGCUGGGCCCUAUGGAGACCGUGGCAGUGCUGGUGUGUGGCUGCUCUCCAGGAGGAAACCUCUCCAACAUUCUGGCCCUGGCAAUCAAGGGAGAUAUGAACCUCAGUAUUGUGAUGACCACCUGCUCUACAGUGCUGGCACUCGGCAUGAUGCCCCUGCUGCUCUACCUUUACUGCCAGAGCUUUCCUGGCCUGGAGAACGCUGUACCCUACGGAAACAUUACCAUCAGCUUAGUCAUGACCCUGGUGCCCUGCGCUGUCGGCAUCUUCAUCAACUACAAAGUACCAAAGUAUGCCAAAAUCGUCACAAAGGUUGGGAUGAGUAUAAUGGGAUUGGCAUUUACAGCCCUUGCUAUUCUGGCCAGUAUUACAUUAGGAAAGACCAUCCUGACAGUGACAUCACCUGCACUGAUGACCACAGCAGCACUGAUGCCGCUGAUCGGAUAUGUACUUGGAUACCUUCUGUCUGCCCUUUUCAGGCUUAACCCAGCUUGUAGGAGGACGGUUGCCGUGGAGACAGGUUGCCAGAACAACCAACUGUGUGCCAGCAUCCUGAGGGUGGCCUUCCCUCCUGAGGUCAUAGGACCCUUCUACCUCUUCCCCUUCGUCUACGUUUUCUUCCAAGUGUCCGAGGCGCUGGUCUUAAUCAUCCUCUUCAGAUGCCACGAGAGAUUUUUUUCAAAGAAGAAGAAAGUGGUGUAUGAACUGGGAAUGCAGGACAUUCAGUAAAAACCUGAGACAAGUAUAAACCACACACAGAUAUACUGUCCCUAAAGACUUUUAAAGAUUUGCUGAAGACUUGUGCUUGUUCUUCAGAAAAAUAUAUGUAUAUACAAAAUGCUAGUGAUGAAACCUUUUUUAUAUACCAAAUCAUUCAUAAGCUGCCUCAUACCUCCACUGACAGACUGGAACCAGUCUGUGGUUUAAAUGUUAUGGCUGAUCAGUAAGUGUGUAUAUACAAAAAUGAUUGCUGUCAAACAUUUGUCUGGUUCACUUCAUGCUUAAUUAAAGGCUUUUAAUAUACACCCA